UUUCUCCCUUUUCUUGAACCUUCCUUUACAUCUCUCAGUUUCCAAACUCAUUUUCGCCAACCCUACUUCUUUCCCGCGCCGUUUAUCUACGUUUCUUGGAUUUCAGUUCGCGUCUUGAAGCCUUCGCGUCUCGAACGUUGUUCUUCACGUUUUCUGCAUUUCAAACAAGACGUGGAGUUCUCGCGCAAGGAGCAUGGCAAAGGAGGAGAUUUAGGUUCGGUUUUGGUAGAGAGGAAACGCAAGUUUCGGCGGCCAGGCGCGACCUCCAUCCUUACCGUGCGUGGUGGGUACCACGGCGGUGACGUCUUCACGGCGCAGGGAUGGGCUUCGCUAAAUAGGGGAGAUACAUGUUUCGACCAUGGUGUUUGUAUGCAAGAGCAACAAUUGAUCACUGGAACAUUAUGAUGAUCGAGCUUAAUUAAGACAAUAAAGAUUUUUGACUUUAGUCUCUCUUGUUGGUUGUAGGGAGAUACAUGUUUCGACCAUGGUGUUUGUAUGCAAGAGCAACAAUUGAUCACUGGAACAUUAUGAUGAUCGAGCUUAAUUAAGACAAUAAAGAUUUUUAUCUCAACAUGAAACUUUGCUCUGUUAUCUUCACAUGAAAGGCUUCAGAGGAAUGAAUGGAUUUACUUUUAGAACAUGUUUCAAUUACAAUAUAUAGGAUUCGUACGUACUUCGUUUCUUUGGUAGCACCUUGAAUAAUAUUAAAGUCAACAGUUCUAGACAGAUUUGUAUUAAUGUAAAGUUUCAAACUUACCCCUACUUAUGAUCUUGGUGUCAAAAGUUGCAUCCAUAAAGCUAUCUUCCCUUCUCUUUUACUUAAAUAUUUUUAAUUCAUUUUUUUAAUCUCUUAUUGAUUAGCUCCUUCAUCUUCUACCCAGAAUAAUUAUAUUAUUUUUGUAUGCAAGGGCUUUACAGGGAAACUAAAAUGAAGUUGGUGCAAAGUGUGCAAACGGUGGGUGGUAGGAAGGUUUGGGAAGCAGUGGUUGGAUAUCCAGGGAAACUUUAGGUAACAAUUUGCUUUCAGGACGCAAAAGAUCAUUGUAGGCAGGCUAGGCUCCUAACUACAGGUGAACUGUAGUAAACUAAAGCUAUCGCAGCAUAUAAAACUGAUGAAGUGUCUGCUCUCAGAUAUUCACUUUCUUUGAAGUCUGAACCUGAACGUAACCAUAACCCAACUAAAAGAAAGACAACUCCAAAUGCAUUUCAUCUCCACACAGAGGAAAGAGGUGCUGAGAAAGAGAAGAAAUUGAUCAUGGAACUUCUGCACAAAGAGUUGGAGGAGGAAAUAGCAAGGAUUCCCAAGGCUAAUCCAUACCCUUACACCACCGAUUAUCUUGUGAUCCCACCAAAACCAUGAUAGUUAGAAAUUUGAUUAACUGGUUGAAUACCCAAAUUUAUAUAAAGAUCCAAAUUAAUUGGUUGAGCACGAUACCACGCCUUAGGUAUCUUUUCCAUCAACCUUGUUUUCCUUCAUUCUCCUGUUGCUUUUUAGUGCUGGUUUGGUAUCAUUCUGAGAGCAGGAAGCACUUCAACCCCAAGUUUGAAAAAUGUUUAUUAUUGGUUUUUUCUUCUUGUUAUAUUAAUAUAUGUUUUGGUUUUGAAGGUGCUUUGUUCAUGUUGCAUCUUAGUCUCCCCUGUCCUAUUAAGGGACAACAUAUUUGGUAGUAUUAACGUGUGGUAAUGGGCUACCAAGAGUUUCACUUCCCAAAAUGGCAAGUCUAUGAUUUAUUGCUAAUGAAUGCCACUUGGUAAAAUGUGAGAGGACCCAGAUGUCUAAUCACCUUCGAUGCCAACACAUAUGACUAGUCACAACUGACUGGACGAGACCAGGGCUGCUCUAUGAUUAGGAUAUGCCAACUCAGUGCUUUUCUUUCUUUGUGAGAUUGCUGAAGAGAGAAAAGCAAAAUCGAAUUAUCGAAAGAAUUGAAUUGGAUUCGUUUACAGAGUGAAGCGUUCCACAAAUCUGAAGUGCACAUUGCAUUGUGGUUGAUUUGUGAGAAUGGCGCCAGUAUCGGCUCUCGCAAAGUACAAGCUAGUGUUCUUGGGCGAUCAGUCCGUUGGGAAAACCAGCAUAAUCACUCGCUUCAUGUACGACAAAUUCGACAACACGUAUCAGGCUACAAUCGGUAUUGACUUCCUGUCAAAAACUAUGUAUCUUGAAGAUCGAACUGUUAGACUGCAGUUGUGGGAUACAGCUGGACAGGAAAGAUUUAGAAGUCUUAUUCCAAGCUACAUUAGGGAUUCAUCUGUUGCUGUUAUUGUUUAUGACGUUGCAAGCCGCCAGACUUUCCUAAACACACCAAAGUGGAUAGAAGAGGUGCGUAGUGAAAGAGGCAGUGAUGUUAUUGUUGUUCUUGUUGGGAACAAAACUGAUCUUGUGGACAAAAGGCAAGUGUCUACGGAGGAGGGGGAAGGAAAGUCCCGAGAGCUGAACGUUAUGUUUAUUGAAGCUAGUGCAAAAGCUGGUUUCAAUAUAAAGGCCCUCUUUCGAAAAAUUGCUGCUGCAUUACCCGGAAUGGAGACACUGUCUACCACAAAACAGGAAGAUAUGGUCGACGUGAACCUGAGAUCUUCUGGGAUGCAGCUGGACAGUAAAGAUUUAGUUAGAAGUCUUAUUCCAAGCUACAUUAGGGAUUCAUCUGUUGCUGUUAUUGUUUAUGACGUUGCAAGCCGCCAGACUUUCCUAAACACACCAAAGUGGAUAGAAGAGGUGUGCAGUGAAAGAGGCAGUGAUGUUAUUGUUGUUCUUGUUGGGAACAAAACUCUUGUGGACAAAUGGCCCUUUUUCAGAAAAAUUGCUGUAACAUUACCAGGAAUGAAAACAUUGUCCCGUGCGACAUGGUUGAUGUAUACUUAAAGUCUACAACUGGCAACGCUCAAUCUCAACCUAGUCUAGUGGAUGUGCAUGUUAAUUGUAGUUUUUCAUGUGUUGGCCACCUUUUGUUGUGUUUUUGGUUUUAUGUAGGAUUUUUCUGUAGUUUUCUACAACAUUAUCUAAAAUUAGAUGAAAGAAUAUAUACAAGCAGCGUAGGGUAGGGGUUGAAUAUAAGUUCAGUAGAAAAGAAUUAUUGUUGUUAAUUGGGUAUGUUUGCCAUAAUGCAUAAAAGUAUUUAAGCUCCCCAACCCAAA